AGCAUAUUUCAUAUAACAAACAAAUUUCUCUGAUCAAUUCUAGAGUGGAUCAAAGUUCAAUAGUACAAAAUUUGGUUAUUCUUUUAAUUUGUCAACUUCUUAAAUUUAUAUUUUAUUGUAAAUAAUGGCACGAGUAUUAGUCGCAGUUAAAAGAGUAAUUGAUUAUGCAGUUAAGAUAAGAGUUAAGCCCGAUAAAUCUGGGGUUGUUACCGAUGGGGUGAAACAUUCGAUGAAUCCUUUUGAUGAAAUUGCUGUGGAAGAAGCUGUUCGCAUGAAAGAAAAAAAGUUAGCAUCUGAAAUAAUUGCAGUAUCAUGUGGUCCAGCACAGUCUCAAGAAACUUUACGCACAGCAUUAGCCAUGGGUGCUGAUAAAGCAAUUCAUGUAGAAAUAGCAGGAAAAGAAUAUGAGACAUUACAACCUUUCCAUGUGUCAAAAAUUUUAGCGAAACUUGCACAAGAUGAAAAGGCAGAUAUUUUAAUUUUAGGAAAACAGGCUAUCGAUGAUGAUGCAAACCAAACUGCACAAAUGACUGCAGCAGUAUUAGACUGGUCUCAAGGUACAUUUGCUUCUAAAAUAGAAAAAGAGGGAGACGCGUUAAAAAUUGUUCGUGAAAUUGAUGGAGGAUUAGAAACUAUUCUAUGCAAAUUACCUUGUGUAGUUAGCGCUGAUUUACGUUUAAACGAGCCUCGAUAUGCUACGUUGCCAAAUAUUAUGAAAGCUAAAAAGAAACCAUUAAAGAAAGUAACAGCUAAAGACUUAGGUGUUGAUAUUAGUCCAAGAAUUGAUAUUGUUGAAGUGGUAGAACCUCCAGUACGUCAAGGGGGAGGCACCGUACCUGAUGUUGAUGCUCUUGUUAAUGUAUUAAAAGAAAAAGGUUUCGUUAAGAAGUAAAAGAAAUCUGUUUUUAUAUUAAAAAACUUUGUACAUUAUAUUAUAUUAUAUAUAAUUAGGGAUUUUAUAACAUCAUUUUCAUCAUUCGAAUUGAAAUAUUGUAAAAAAAGUAAAAUAAAUUUAUAUUAAUAUAUUUUUUA